UCACAAGACGGGGAGGUACCUCGAAUAGAAACAGUUUUUCAGAUUGUCCUGUUCUGUACAGGUUUAGCAGAAGCGGAAGUUGGAUUAUUUUUUCAGUUUAACCUAACCCUACAUUCAUACUCGGCAAAAAAUAUUACAACACUUAAUUUUAAAAGGAGAAAAAUGUGUCCUAUAGAUGAAAAAUACAAAGGGAGAGAACAACUUGUUACUGAUACGACAACUAAAGGGGAGAUAAUCCUAUCAAACUCAUCUGUAGCUAUUUCAAAUCAACUCCAUCCCAGGGCAGUGACCUCUACUAGCGUGUUCUACAUAGCUGUUGGUGUAGUCUGCGGAGUUAUUUUCUUGAUUGCCAUGAUUGUGGCUUUUGUACACGUCCAAUCAAUGAAGCCAUCAGACAGAGUCAGUGAAAAUGGUAGUUCUGUGCAUUUGCCACACCAUCCAGUAAACCCAUACAACAAAGUCGAUAACAAAACAAAUAAUCUCAAUGGCCGAGUUUAUAAUGAUAUGAAUAGAUUUUACCCAGCAAAGGAAUUAACAACAGAUGAAUUCAAGACAAAGCUUAAAAACAUUGCCAUUGAACGAAGUCAAAUUACACUUGGAGACAUUUUACAAGAAGGAACAUUUGGUCGUAUUUAUCAUGGUUAUGUUGUUACAUCCACCAAAGACAGUGAAUCACAGCAUGAAGAAGAAAUAGAAGUAUUUAUUAAAACAGUUACAGAUCAAGCUUCUGAAGAGCAAAGAUCAUUGUUAAUCAAAGAGAGCUGCAUGUUACAUGAAUUAAAUCACCGAAGCAUAUUACCUAUCAUGUAUGUUUGUUUGGAAGAUGAAAAACAGCCAUUGAUCUUACUAGCCCACAUGCAGUAUGGAAACUUGAAACAUUUUUUGAAAAAUGGUCGAAUAUCUGAUGCACAUCAGGGUCUUUCAACUCGAGAUUUAGUAUACAUGGGUAUUCAGAUAACGCGAGGUAUGCAAUAUCUCGGCAAACAGAAAAUCGUCCACAGAGAUCUUGCUACGCGGAACUGUGUAAUUGACGAAGACUAUAAUGUGAAGAUAACAGACAAUGCGCUAGCAAGGGAUUUAUUUCCACAAGAUUAUACAUGUCUCGGUGAUAAUGAAAACAGACCCGUUAAAUGGUUAGCUAUAGAGAGUCUUAUAGAAAAGAAGUACCUGCCAACGAGUGACGUGUGGUCAUUUGGAGUUACAUUGUGGGAACUGAUGACCCUUGGACAGACACCGUAUGCUGACGUUGACCCAUUUGAAAUGGCCGCCUAUCUCAAGAAUGGUUACAGAAUGGCACAGCCUGCAAACUGUCCAGAUGAGCUGUUUUCGGUGAUGGCCUGCUGCUGGGCCCUCUCGCCAGGCGAUCGACCAACAUUUGCCCACCUUCUCUCAAUUUUAAUGGAUUUUCAUCGAGCUCUGGGGAUAUAUAUCUAAUCAGAAAUCUUUCUAAGCAUCCGGGACGCAGAGCAUUUUCACGUUUUUACUCGGAUAUCUAUGGUUUGCAUCAAGUCCAGUGGAGCCAUCAGUUAUCCUGUUUGAUUCAGGAUUUUGCUACUUGUGGACUGCAAGCGGAAACUGACAUUGGAUUGAUUAUGCAAACAAAUCUGCUUUCACUGCUUUCACGGUUACAGUGUCUUCAGCCAUAUUGACUGACUUUUUCUUUGUUUACAUGGAAGUUCACUGUUUGUACAGUAUUUAUACCAGACAAUUUGUGCUACAUUGUGACAUACAUGUUUGCACUUAGUUUUUAAAAUCCUGGGGUCACUGACCUCAUUGACUGCAGGGCAUGAUGGGAAAUAUUAAUUAUCAUGCAGAGGAUGUGUGAUACAUCAUGGCACUGGUAAUAAAAGAACCCGAUCUGUAAUACCAAAGGGAACUCUGCAACCAUGUUGAACUAAUUUGCACUGCAGUAGCUAUACAGAUGUAAAAGAUAACACUAGCCAAGAUCUUGGAGAUUAUCCACAUUGUGCGUGCUUGUUUUUAUGUACAUGUAAAUAUCUAUAUAUAUUUUGAGAAAAAAAAAACUUGUGCCAAAAUGUCAUUUAAAAAAAAAAAGAUUCUUUACCAAUACAUUUCUUGCAUGUAGUGUAUGUACAUCAUUGCUCACUUUCAUGGAUGUGUGUUCAAAUUAAUUUUAUUUUGUAAUAUUUUGUACGGUUUAACAAGGUAUUUCAAAGUUAUACAGUGCUCUGACUACUGCCUUUAGUUUGAUAAAUAUUCACUUGUAGUGGCCAAUAAACUUUACCUAAAAUAUUUGAGCUCAAAUUGUUCAAAUGAUCAAGAAUAUUUGAAUAUGUAUUGAUUUACAGUCAUAUUGUUCUCUUAUACUUUUUUUAAUAACUUCGCAAUUUUUUGGCAUAUAAUGAACUAGCCAUUUCCUGUUUUGAUCAAAUUUGUGUAGCUGUAUUUAAUGUUUCUCAUUUUCUACCUUCUCUUCAUGUUACCAUGGCAACCACAAGCUGAUUCAGGGUAUCUUUUUAUUUACAUACUGUGAUGUUUUUUUUGCAUGUAUUUAUUUUAGUUUUAUUUAUUAUUAUUAUUUUAUAAUAGUUGUUUGAAUAGUACUGAUCUGAAAAUGCAGUAUCAUUCACAACAAACUUUUGUUUCCCAUGCUGUAUAAGGUGAAGUAUGGUAGUUCCCACCAAUUGUUAUUUCCCUGGUUACGUAUUUCCUAAAUCAAAUCAAGACACAAAGAGCGCCCUCUUGAGUUGAUUUAUUUAUUACAUACAAAAAUUAUGGGGGCGCUCUUUCAUUUUUUCUGCUCUGUAAUAAAUUUUGGCAUUGAAGCGGAGGACGUCCAAAUAGAGCUCAGAGUUUUAAAUAUAUUUCAAUGCUUUUUCUAUUACUCACUUCUGAACCAGUGAAUGUCAGAUUUUUAUCUUUCUUAAACUUUCUCUAAAAAUCACAUUUAUUUAAAUGUUGUGUACAUAUAGUUUUUAUCCAGACUUUGUUAUUUACUGUAUGAAGUAAAUAUAAAUAUCACGUUUCUUGUUGUA